AUGGGGGGCAAUCAGGAUGCCGCCGCCGUCGACACCAAGGCCCGUAACGCCGUCUCUGGACCGCACAAGACCUUCUGCAGGUCCGUCUCCUGGUCCCCUGCGCGGAGCGGCGGCGGCGGCGACGCCGGCGAAGGUAGCGCCGCCGCUAAUGGCCGCUUCCAGCGGUUCCCGGCGCCGCUCACCCCGAGAUCCCACCAUAGCUCCUCCAAGGCGAGGUCCUCCCCCUCCCUCCCUCCUCUGCAAGUCAGCCGCCCGAGCUUCGACCAGUGGCCCAAGCCCGGCUCCGACGACCUCGGAGAGUGGCUCCACCCCUCCACUCCCGGCGGGAGGCCGACGGCGGCGGCGACCAAGCUCGCCGGCGAUCUGAAAGUUGACCUCCCUUCCCUCCCCUCCCAUGGCGGCCGCCACCGCAUCGCCCGCUUCGACAAGGAGUGCUCCAAGGUAGCCGACCACAUCUACGUCGGCGGCGACGCCGUCGCCCGCGACCGGGAGAUCCUCCGGCAGAACGGCAUCACCCACAUCCUCAACUGCGUGGGCAGCUCCUGCUCCGAAUACUUCAAGCCCGAUCUCGUGUACAAAACCCUCUGGUUGACGGACAGCCCCUCGGAGGACAUCACCAGCAUCCUCUACGACGUCUUCGACUACUUCGAGGAGGUGCGGGAGCAGGGGGGGAGGGUCUUCGUCCACUGCUUCCAGGGGGUCUCCCGCUCCAUCUCCCUGGUCAUCGCGUACGUCAUGUGGAGGAAAGGGCAGAGCUUCGACGACGCUUUCAGGCUGGUGAAGGCGGCGAGAGGGAUUGCGAACCCUAACGUCGGCUUCGCCUGCCAGCUCCUGGAGUGCCAGAAGAGGGUCAACGAGAUCCCCCUUAGCCCCAACUCUGUGGUGAGGAUGUACAGGAUGAGGCCACACUCAGCAUACGAUCCGCUGCAUCUGGUGCCCAAGGCGGUGAGAGAGCCUUCCCCUCUGGCGCUGGACUCCCGGGGAGCUUUCCUGGUUCACGUCCCUUCCUCCAUCUUCGUCUGGAUCGGCAAGAACUGCGAGCCCGUCAUGGAGAAGGACGCCAAGGCGGCGGCUUGCCAGGUCGUCCGCUAUGAGAACGUUCACGGGCCGAUCGUCACUGUCCAGGAGGGGGAGGAACCGGCGGAGUUCUGGGAAGCCUUCUCCUCCUCCAAGGCGCCGGCUGACUCGGAGACCGACGCAGACGCCGGCGAGUCCACGGCUGCGCUGCCGGCGGUGACGGCCGGGGAGAGAAGGGUGAAGGCGUACGACGCUGACUACGAUCUGUUCUCAGGGGCGGUCAGAGGAGGCGUUGUGCCACCGUUCUCGUCCCCCGGCGGCGGCCAUGAGACGCAGGUUCCGGCCAGAGAGAGCAACUGGAGCAUUCUGCGGCGGAAGUUCAUCUCCGGAGCGGUGAAGGAGUGGGCCUCCGCUUCGAGGUCAGCCAUGUGCAGGGUCUACUCUGAUUCGUUCUUGACGAGGGAGACGGACGCACAGGGGAACAAGGUUCAGCAUUUGAGCGGCGAUUCUUCGAGCUCCCCUCCCUACCUCUCCCCGAGCUCCAUGUCCUCUGAGACGAGCAGCAGCAGCAGCAGCAGCUCGAAGUGCAGCUCAGAGUCCCCUUCCCUCUCCCCUUGCACUCCCUCACCUGCACCGUCUAAGCCUUCUCGUGAUCCAGAGCCGGUCGGCAGGUGUACCAGAGACGUCCACUUGGUCUCCAAGGCUUUUGAUUCCUCCCUCGCUGAGCGGAGGGGGAGGUUCUCCCCACUUCUUUGCCUGCCGACGCUCAGCGAGGAGCCGUCUCCGUCAGCAAGAACUGCGCAGAGUCCACAGUGCCCACCAGAGGAUGAUGACGGCUGUAGCUCUAUCAGUGGGACCUCCUCCUCCAUCUCAGACAGCAAGAGAAAAGCUUCAGAAGGGAAAUAUACCUCCGAGUCUGUGGAAGAUCAAGAUCGUCCUUCACUUUCCUCAGCUGGGUCGGCAGCGGAUGAUUCAACUCUGCGAUUUUCAGUGUACAGCUGGCCUGGAUUCGCAGAGAUUCCGAGAUUUAGCCGCAGCGACCUUGAUUCAAAGUCAACUUUUCUGUUCUUGGCUCCAGAUAGAGAUUCAGACGCGCCAAGUGGCCGGGCUCUAUAUUUGUGGGUCGGGAGCCGUUCUGAACAUGACAAUGGGAGCGCUCGUGUAGACAUCACCAAGAAGGUAGAUGAAGCAGAAGACAUCGAGUGGAACUCGGUGGCUGCUGAGUUUCUUCUUUCUAUGGGUCUGCCACUGCACACUCCCACCAAGGUACUAAUUACUAUUUAUAUCUAUCAUAAUAUUCCUACUAAUCGAUUGAUCAGUUCUCAUGUUCAUCCAUCGACAGUUGUCAUAUUCCUGUUUGCUACUAAAAACUACUAGUUACUAUUUAUAUCUAUCAUAAUGUUCACUUAAUCCAUCGACAGUAUCACUUACCCUGUUUGCUGCGCCGAUGUUUCUGUCUGAAUGAUUAUGAAUGGAUAAGAUGCUGAAUCCUUUCUUGAUUAAUCACACCAUCUGCAAAGCAUUAUUUGCGGAUUAUCUUGCAGGCAUUUUGCCUCGUGAAACCAUGUUGGGCCUGCCUGCAAAUUCCAUAUAAAUAUUGGAUCUUGUCCCUUAGAGGCCAGAGAUGGUAGCUCCAUCUCUUACCUCUGCAGCGCCAACUUUAGAGAGUUUCAGCUUAGUCGCAGCCCAGCCUUUGAUCAUUGUAAUCGGGAUAAUUUCAGGCCGAUUACAGUUGGAGAAGAAAGUUUUAUCCAGUCGAGUGUCUAUCAAGUUUCCUUCUGGAAAAUAGUUGAGAUAUAGUCAGUCACCCAGUUCUAGCUAGAAAUCUACAACUUACUAAUAUCGUAGUGAAUAUUUUUCUUUCUUUUGGUUUUGGCAUCCGCCUUCAACAAUUUUUCUUUUUUGCUUCUGUUGAUAAUGACACAUGUUACUCGUGAAGAAUAUUUAAUUUUUAUUUAAAUGUCCUAGAUUACACCAAGGUAUAUAUAUCAGGGUAAGAUCUUUGGGAUCAUAUCCUACAUUAAAAAGCAGCCAUCUGCAGAGUUCCAACAUGUGAGAACUUCCAAAGGAAAGAGUUCUUAUCAGAUUUCUAACCUUUUUAAAUCUAUUUUGAAGUCGAUAACCUGUUGAUUAUAUGCAUUUUAAGACAUAAUUAUUUUAAGAACUUUUAUGUUGAAGGGCUCAUCCAGCCCAAGAUCCUUGGCUGUCAUGUUGGAUUUCUCUUUGACGAGAGUCAGAGUAAAGCGAUUAUAUCUGAACCGGAUGUUCUUUCUGAAGCUUUUAACUCCAUAGUAAUGGGGUCUCCUCGUAUUAUUAUCCCAUGAGCAUGUGGGUUGUAAGAUAUAUCAAGGGGAAUUAACGCCCCUGGUUGUCAAUCAUGUCCCCAUAUUGUUAGGAAUGAUCAUCUCCUCUCCCUCCCUCUCUCUCUCUCUCUCUCUCUCUCUCUGUUCUUCAUCUGAAUCUAUUUCAUCUCGUGGCCUUUGAUGGCCUCCCUAUCUGUUUGGUGACUCUUCUCAGAAAAGGAAACUUUAAUGUGGCAGGUGGUCAGGGAACAUGAGCCCGAGCUCCUGGAACUACUGAGUUCAUCCUGUUGGUGGAUUUGA